AGUCAGCAGACAUUUUGAGAAUACUUUUUCUGUGCUGUGGGGUGGGGUGGGAAUUCAGAACUUAUGAACAUGAAGUCCUUUCAAGUGGGCCCCUACAUAUUAACAUUCCAGAUAUCGCCAUCCGAAUGCAUGAUUCUAUUCUAUAUCUAUACUCUAUAGAGAGCUACCUCAAGGGAACUUCAAUUGAUAUACAUAUAUGCAUGAAAAAAGAGGAGAGACAAAUGGCGUUGAUAUGGGACAGGGAAAGGGAGGGAUGCAACAGCAACACCCCUCAAAUCAAGAAGAUUGUUGAACUAGCUGCUUCAUCCAAACAAACGCACCAACUGUCUAUGUCCAUAUCCAUGGACGAAAACGAAAUUAACAAGAUCCACGCCUGCCUUCGAAAUACAUGCACAGUGCACCUGCACACCCCAGAUCACCCACCUUACUCACAGAUGAUAUUUAAAGCCAUUAACUCGCUGAGUUAUGAGGAAGGUGGUGCAAACAAAGCUGCUAUAUCCGCCUAUAUUAAGACAGAGUUCCAUGAUCUGGCUUGGGCUCAUGAAAGCCUUCUCUCUCACCAUCUUGGCAAGCUCCUUGAGAGAGGCAAGUUGGUUACUUCUACUACCGCUGGUGAUUAUCUGCUUCUCCUAAACCCUAAAUUGUUAUUGGCACAUGAAGAUUUGAAUCCAUCAAAGCAUUCUCGGGGUCGGGGGCGGCGAGGAAGGCCACCAAAACCGAAACAAGGAAACAAAGAAAACAUGACUAAGAGAGAAUCAUUGUCUUUGUGUGAGCAAAGGAAAAGGCAAGGAAUUAACAAGGUAAGUGUGGAGGAGGAUGGAAACCCCAAGAAGAGGAGAGGAAGGCCUCCCAAGAUAUUAAUAAGUGACAAUCAGCAGUUUUUGAGAAUUGGAAGGACCUAAUGCAAAGGAAAAGUAGGCAUGCGACACUUGACAUGCACCCAAAUAGGUGUAGCAUGAUUAGUUAACUUACCAUUACUCCAAAAUAAAUACUUAGAAGACCUAUAACGAUUAUUAUUCUUCUUUUUGAAAAAUCAUUACGCUUUACCUUUACCUAUAAUGUUGACACAUCUUGUCAUCUUGGCAAUUUCGCAACUACUCUUUACCGAUAAUGUUGACAAGACAUCGCCUCUAACGUGGAUAUACAUGUUGUUGGAGAGCCAAAAAAAACCCUAAAAGUAAGUGGAAAAUGGAAAGAAAGGCAGAGUUAGAAUAGAAGGAUUCUUCCUUUUCCCCCUCUGCUUAUUGACAAUUCCAAAUCAGGGAAAUUUAGUUCGCAACAGUCAAACAUCUCUUCUCAAUACACAGUGUAUAAACU